AAUAUUGCACAAAUUGUAAAAUAACUCGCCCUUCAAAUCUAAAAUGGCGAUUGGCUAAAUGAACUGGAAGUUUUAAGAUGAUCUUGAACAAUGUUGUAGUAACUUUAUUGGUUUCGUGAAAAAAAGUAUUAAUAAUAAUGAAUAUGUCAUAUAUUAGAAAAAUUAAUAAAUUCUUUUGGAUAGAAAGUGUAAAUGUAUUUUUGUCAUUAAAAGUCAACGUGUUUAGAUAAAGUUUGACUAGUUAUGAAAGCGUUAUUACACCGGCGUCAAGAUUUGUUAUUGUGAACUAGUAUUGAUUAUCAUUGAUGACCGCUUUUUAAUCUUAUCAAAAUUUAUAAAAAAACGUAACAAUUAUUAAAGAUUAAAUGAUAUUUCGGAAAAAGCUAUAUCAUAUAUAUAUAUAUAUAUAUAUAUAUAUAUAUAUAUAUAUAUAUAGAAAUAUAAAAACCUUGUAGUUAAUAAUUUAUGUUGUUAUAGAUGGAAUGCUAAUAGUUGCUGAUAUAAGACAAGUAAGUGAAGAAAUAAGCCCAUAUGGAUUGAUCUGUGAUUAUUCUAAACUAAUCUUCAAGAAUCUCCUAAAUAUGGACUCUGUUAAUGAACCGGAACACAUUAAUAAGCUGGUUAAAGAGGCAGAGAGUUUAAAAAUACGUUUAGAGGAUGAACGACAAAAGCUAAAUGAUGUUACUCUUGCUAGUGUAGCUGAUCGAUUGGAAGGAAUAAACUGCAUAAAUGUAAAACCUCGACGUGUUUUGAAAGGCCAUCAGGCAAAAGUUCUUUGUUCUGAUUGGUCUCCUGAUAAGCGUCACAUUGUCUCUUCUUCUCAGGAUGGCAAAAUGAUAAUAUGGGAUGCUUUCACAACAAAUAAGGAGCAUGCAGUUACAAUGCCUACAAUAUGGGUAAUGGCAUGUGCUUAUGCUCCUAGUGGUGCUUUAGUAGCAUGUGGGGGAUUAGAUAACAAAGUAACAGUUUAUCCAUUGAGUUUAGAAGACGAUGUUACAACUCGUAAAAAAACCGUUGGGACUCACACAUCGUAUAUGUCAUGUUGUGCAUUUCCCAAUAGCGAUCAACAAAUUUUAACGGGAAGCGGUGAUAGUACAUGCGCUUUAUGGGAUGUUGAAAGUGGUCAAUUACUUCAAAGUUUUCACGGACAUUCUAGCGACGUUAUGUCAAUUGAUUUAGCACCGAGCGAAACUGGCAAUACAUUCGUAUCUGGUAGUUGUGACAAAAUGGUUUUAAUUUGGGAUAUGCGUAGCGGACAAUGUGUUCAAAGCUUCGAAGGACAUCAGUCCGAUGUUAAUUCGGUAAGAUUUCAUCCAAGCGGCGAUGCAGUAGCAACAGGUUCCGAUGAUGCUACAUGCCGACUCUUUGAUUUACGUGCUGAUAAAGAAGUAGCUAUUUAUGCAAAAGAGAGUAUCAUAUUCGGAGCGAAUACAAUCGACCUCAGUGUAAGUGGACGUUUAUUGUUUGCUGGUUAUAAUGAUUAUACAGUAAACAUAUGGGAUACUCUAAAGUGCCAAAGAGUAGCACUUUUAUAUGGACACGAAAAUCGUGUGUCUUGUUUGAGAGUUUCACCGGAUGGUACUGCCGUUUCAACUGGAAGUUGGGAUUCGACAUUACGUGUUUGGGCUUAAAUUUUAUUUAAUCUCUUUCCUAAUGCUUACUGACACUUGAAAACAUGUACUCUUACACACGCCUUAUGUUUAAUUACGGCGUAAUUGAAGGUACUGUUAUUAAUCACAUAUGUAUUAGCAUGCAAUUGAAAAUAAUAGAUGCCAUUAAUCGUUAGAUAGUUAUAAAUAUACCAUAGUUGAUCAUUAAAAUUUAUUAUGUUAGGCUGGCCCUAAUUUAUAAGAGAUCAAAGAGAUAGAGAAUAUUUAUUUCAUUGAUUGUAUAAAGUGUGUUACACAUUAUGUGAAAUCAAAUAAAGAUUAGAUUAAUGAAAUCUAUUUUACCUUGGUAUUGUUCGAUCGAAGAAGAAUUCUCGAAAUACCUAAGAAUAAAGAAAAGGUGAAAUAGUAAAAAUCGUAUGUACCGCGCACCAUAUAAUUUUGUCUCUUAUUGACAAAUACAAUAUCUCGUUUGAUUCAUAUUCGGGCGUACACUGUUGUAUAAUUAUUCAUUAUUUACUACAUCGCCGUUGAAUUUCAGUCGUAGUGUGAAACGGCGUAUCAUUCUCACACAGAUCAAUUCCACAACCGGCUUAUUUAAAAAACAAAAAAAAACAAAAAAAAAAAAAAAAACAAAAAACAAAAAAAAAAUUGCUCGAACGAGAUUAAAUAACGAGCCGGCUAGGUAAAAUUUCAACUUAAUUUAUUAAUUCGACAGAUAUAAAUAUCAUUAUUACUAAAUCGCCUGUCAUCAAUAAUUUUAUAUAAUUCUUAACUUGCGGUAAAACGAAGUCAUGGAACGUAAUAGAGUUCCGUGUACAUUCUUGUCGUUUCGGACAGUAUAAAAAAGAACACUCGCGGAAUACAAACAUGGUGGAGGGAGAUCGAUGAAAGCAAAAGUAAAAAAAUCCUAUUAUAAAAGGUAAUUCAUGGAACCAGUAUUAUUAUGCAAACAGCGAUUAAUCGACACGAUUUGUCUAGAAUUGCACCGUCCUUAAAGUUAACGGAAUAGUUAUUCCGUUUUGCUGAGCCGAAGAUGCAAUUUCGACACAUUUAUAUACAACGUGUCUCGGAGAUUAAAUGAUCUCCCAUUAAAAUUCAUUUACGAAGAAAAUGCAAAAAAAAAAAAAAAGAAAAAAUCCUUUGUAGUCUGUGUAGACAUUUAUAAAAUUUUUCUAACAGACUUAUCAGGGUAGAUUAAUUACAAAGAAUUAGAACACUAUAAUGUGUUUGCUACCAAAAAUAUAGGAAACAAAUUAAAGCCAAAAAGCUGUCAGAGUAUUUACAAUUAAUAAUCGAGCACGACGGAUGUUUAUAUAGGUAAAUAACAAAAUUGAUGUUCAGUCGGUGCAAUUCAAAAUUGCUCGUGAUAUAAUGCGCCGUAUAAAUAAACCUCAUUAAUGUAAUGGAUGCAAAAAAUACUACGCGUAUUCGUCACACACGCACGAAGGCUAUACAUACAAAUGGCGCGUGCAUACUAAUUGUAAUCGUAUUGGAUGGUGCACAUGUGUCGCGUAUGCUUCUAACACACGCACGCUUUCGAGUGGGCUCUUCUUACGUUGAAAAAUACAAUGAUAAUGUUGAUGAUAAAAGUCAAUGAGGAUGACACAUUAAUGAUAAUGAAAUUAUUAUUACAAUUGAAAUUCGUUUAUCAAAUCACGCUAUUAAUCAAAUAUCUUGAAAUGAAUCAAUAUCUAAGUAAUCAAUACACUUUCAAAGAGCCACAUUUAAUCAUAUAAUACUAUUUUUAAUAAAGAAAAAAGAAAUAAACGCAGUACUACCAAAAUAAAUUCUAAUUUUUAACGAUAUUCUUUUCUCGAGCAUAUCGGACAUGCAACAUGAUAAAUCAUAUUCUCACACGAAAGUAAAAGUUAGAUUAGCGUUCGACCGAAUAUCAUUAUAAUAUUUUGGAAGCACAUUAGUGUAAUUUAUAAAAAUGGAAAAGUGAUAAGUUUUUACAGCAUAACAAAUUGAAGUUAUUUGUUGUAGCUGCCAAAGGAAGAAAGGACAUAAAAAGAAAAUUUAUAUCAUCUUUUUGUACUAUUUUGUACUAAGAUUUACUAAAGAUCGUAUUCAUAUCAACCAUCACAGAGGAAGUAGAGAUGUAAUUAAUUACAUUAGUAAUUAGAAUGAAUUUAUAUAAGUUAUCUAUACCAUAAAAUACUAAAUAAUUAUUAUUUUGAACACAAUUCUAACCUUUUCCCUUCGUGUAUUUAUGUACCUACCAGAUGAUAUUUAUGAGACAAAUAGUAUCCAUCUCCUCAAAGUAUGCCAAAUACACUCAAGCUAGUUUCUUUUAUAUAUAUAUAUAAAUAUAUAUAAAACCAAUGUAAACAUAUAAAAACAAAAAACAAAACAAAAAAAAGGAAUAUUUUGUUUUUUGUAAUUUAAAUUAUAAUAUUUUAUAGAAACAAUAGCUUGAUGCAAUUGUUAAUACUAUGAACGAUGAUAAAUACUAUCUUUAUUUCUAUUAACCAAUGAUUUAUAGAUGUUAUAAAACAAUGGAUAAUAUUAAUAAUGAGCAUCACCAUACUUGCGCUAGACUUUUUAAAUGAAUGUAUAAAUUGCAUGUAAUUAUGAAACAAAUUGAAAAAAAAA